AACGGACCUUUGGGUUAAAAAUUGGGAUUGAAAGAGCUAAUCACUUGGAAGCAGAUAACGGUAGGAGAAAAAGAAAAGAGGCGUCUCUGAAUCUGAUUUUCGUCAUUUUCGCAGCAUGUUUGGUCCCAGCAGCUUGGUUGAUUUUGAGAUGUUGAAGAAAGAUAUCAAAAGGCAUGAAGACAACCUAAAAUUUUUGAAGUCAGAGGCAAACCGUUUAGAUGAAUCUAUACUUGACUUGCAAGUUUUCAGUGACCCUUGGGAAGUAUCAUUCCACCAACACACCUCAGAAAGCAACUAAAAAUGGUGGCUCUCGCAAUGAGGAAGAGACAACGGAACAAAUUCUGAAGCAAGAGAUAACAGCAGCUGCCAUGUUCUGCCAAAUAAAAACUCAACAUGCAACUCUGUUGUCAAAUUUGCCAUUGACUAAGGAUGUGCUAGGUGUUGUGGCAACUCUUGCCAGAGUUGAUAAUGAUAAUCUUAAUAGGCUUCUCUCGGAGUACUUGGGACUGGAGACCAUGCUGGCACUAGUUUGUAGGUCAUUUGAAGGUGUCAAGGCUUUGGAGAAGUAUGAUGGGGAGGGCAAAAUAAACAGCAGUGCUGGUCUACAUGGUCUUGCAUAUUCUAUUGGAAGGAAAAUUAAUGGCCGAUUUCUUGUCAUUUGCCUAGAAGAUUUGAGGCCAUAUAUUGGUGGUUUUAUAGCUGAUGAUCCUCAAAAGAAGCUUGUACUUUCAAAGCCAAAGCUACCAGAUGGGAGCUCCCCAACUGGCUUUCUAGAUUUUGCAGUUAACAUGAUUAAUUUGGAUAAUGGGAAUUUGUAUUGUAUCACUGCCAAAGGACAUGGUCUUAGAGAAACACUAUUCUAUGCCCUAUUUUCUCACCUUCAAGUAUACAGAACCAGGACGGAAAUGCUACUUGCUCUUCCAUGCAUAACUCAUGGAGCCCUCUCUUUAGAUGGCGGGAUGAUCAAGAGAAAUGGUGUCUUUGCACUUGGAAAUAGGACAGAUGUAGAGGUGAAAUUCCCAGUAAUUUCCAGCAGAUGCUUACCUGCUGACUACACUAAAAUUGAAGAUGCAGUUAGGAUGCUGAAAUGGGAACAAGGUAAUAUUGCCGAGGAUAUGAGAAGAGAACAAUCUUUGUUGGACAAAGCAAAGGCUCAAUUGAUGGGCGAGUCGAAAACAUAAAAUGUUGCUGGACACCCUAUUUUUUGGCGCGGUAAAGCUGGGCCAGUGUAAAGAAAAGUUGGUGCACAUUAUUUUUGGGAUGACAAGAAAUUUUACACAUAUUUUUGAGGCCCUUGAAGUGUAUGGUCUCAGCUCAACUUUUAAACUGAAAUAUCGAGUCAAGGAAUAGUUGUUUAGUAAGAGAAUUUACCGCUAUUUUAUGCA